AUGGAACAAAUCCAAAAUUCAGCUGUAAAGGGCGUGCCAGCAACUGUAACAGAUGCCCCUGAAAGUGAAAGAGGAAGCGAAGACCUAAAUGAAGAAAUUGGCGCAAAUCAGGAGGCAAUCAACAACAUCCUCAACGGAGCGGAGGAUGAAUAUGAACGAAUUCUUGGUGUUAGUAGAGCUGCUGACGAAGCAACAAAAAGGAAAGCAUACCUUAUGAGGGCUCUGCUUGUACAUCCAGACAGGAACGCGAACAACAGUCAAGCAAAGAUAGCACAUCAAUGGCUCACACAAGCACAUGACAAUAUAGAUAAACCAGUCAAUUCACCUACUCUUGACCCUGGAGCACCGAGUUUCGCAGCAAGUGCAUAUAAGGAUGACGAACAUGAUAAACCCGAUAAUGACCCCAACCCGGAUGUGGCGGGUAAUGAAAUCUUUGUACGGAGAGAGGCCCCACAGGAUAUCCAGACAAUUUACAACGAUGUCGAUCCUUAUAUCAAAAAGUUGCUUCUAGAAGAUCCCUCAGAUGAGGCAGCACGACAAGCGAUUAAAGGUGCAGAGGGACGCAUUGUGAAGUACUAUCAAGAUCCUUCAAAUCACGUGGACCUCAUUGAACAGUUUAGACUUGACAGUGGGUUAAUCUUUAGUUGUGCUGAACGACGACUAGCUCACCAAUAUGAAUUUCUUCAUCCCAAAAAGGAUCUCAAAUUACCGCAUGAUCACAUGAUAUGGAAAAUGAACGAGGAGAAAAAGCAGAAGGCGGAAGCAUAUGAAAAUGUGAAGACACUCCUUCAGAAGCAAGGUAAUUGGAAUGGUUGGCCGGAAGACUGGCAAAUUGGAGACAUGGUCCAGACAGAAAAGGCGCAGUCACCUCCCCCAUCACCUUCUCUUAGAUCACUCUAUCUCACGGCCAGUGAAUAUAUAGAGGUCUUGAAGAGAGACCCGGAAAAUAUGGAAGCGCUGCAAGGAAUCUAUAACAUCAAUGAAAAAAUACGCGCUCAGUUGCAUGAAAAUGACAUGGACACCGGCCAAGGCGAAAUCCAGAUUGGAAUCAUACUAAGUCGCUACAGAGAGAUAAAUCCCUACCUGUCGCGGUUGAAACAAACACCUACAGAUGUUGACGCUCUGAGGAAGGCAGAUUGUAUUAAUGAUGAGAUAAAGGAUAUUAUUGUUGAGCAUGGUUACCCAGAGACUUGGGCGAUGUUCAUCCCACCCUACACCGAGUUGUCUGGAGGCGGGGUCGGCGACACAUCCACAACUCCUGCUGGUCCUCCGGUGCAACGACAGGCUGGAGGCAGGCUUCAAACUGCAGGUCCAUCUUUGUCUAACCCUGUAACACGUGAUGGGGAACCAAUCUGUGGCCACCGCGAAUGGAAAAUUGGCGAAAAAGAUGGUGAACCUAUACGCGCAUAUCUCUUCGCAGUGUUACCUGACGAAAGCGUCCCAAUUGGCGAACUACGAUCCGGGACACGACUAGGCGAGACAGCAAAGAAGGCUUAUUUUGGAUCCUCCGUGGUUAACGAAGUCAGACGUCAUGAAGAAAUGGACAAAGAAAAAUGGCAGGAGCUUUUGGCGGUCUUUGUGCAUACAACGUCAGCUAGGAAGGUUCCUGAAGCUUGGUUGAUGCCUCUUCUGGCUGAUGGAUCUGGCACACAAACUCCCCUCAUGACACGCACAGAGUACCGGAAACUCCGGAACGGCGUGGAUGCAGAAUAUGAUAUCGCCCAAUUCUAUGAGAAGUAUGGGUUGACCCCACCGAAGUAUAUGAUCCCAAAGUUACCACCACGAGGCCCAAUUCAGGCCCGACGCCACGAACGAGACAAAAGGGGAGGUACGGAAAAUGUUAAUACCCGUCGAGCUCUAGAAACAGCAGCCGAUGUUGAGGACCGACGGUACCAGCCAGGUAACACGGGAGCAUUGGACAAUUAUAUUCAGCAGCUCCGUCAGCGAGGGGAGAUUUCCCAGGGCAAACAACCUAAACAGAGUACCAUGAACAAUCGAAAACCCAGGCAUCAGGAUCCUCCGCCCCCAAAAGCAGUAGCCGAUGUUGAGGACCAACAACCCCCGCAGGAUUACACGAUGGCAUUGGACAAUGUUAUUCAGCAACUCCGUCAGCGAGGAGAGAUUUCCCGGGGCAAGCGACCUGUGCAGAAUACCGUGGUAAAUGAACAAAAGCGAAGAUCGAGUCGCCAGACUGGCGACCAAUCUAGAAGUGGGCUUUUUAACAACACAUCCUCAACUCCUGCCGUUCCCCCAGUACAGGGAGGCCUUUUUGGCCACGGACAACCACUUAGACAGACGAUACAGAAUCCUGGCAGUUUUAACAACAUAACAGCAGCAGAAAGAAAUCGGGAGAUUGAGGAGUUACGAUCCCGAUUAGCCUACUUGACGGCUGGGGGAGCAGUGGCAGAAUAA